AUUUAAAAUUAUUCGUCCUUUAGCUUUUGAACAGUAUUCUUUAUUGAUAGAAAGACCUCUUUUACAUUCUGUUUUUCUUUAUUGUUAAAAAAUAGACUAUUGUACAUUUGUGAAUUGUAAAAAUAGACUCUCUGAUUGAAUAUAAACAGUUCUAAUUUUUAAAUGACCGAGUAGAUCUCAAAUAUUUAGGUAAUAGGGUAGGAGUUCGGUGAACUUUUAUUGAAUACGCAGCGAAUACAUCUAAAAAUAUUAUGUUGUACUAACGAACAGAGAACGCGCAGAAUUCCCGGCAUCCUGGAUAUUGCUCAUUCUUGUUAAUUCCUGUUUCGAGCUGUACACUGCGAAAGUUGCGACGAAUCCGAUUCGAAAAUAAAAAAUACCUUAUUGUCGGGAAAUUAGUAAUUUUUGAUUGUGUGAUGAGCCGUGGGCCGACUAUAGUGCGAGUGGGGCCGGGCGGAGGGUCUGGAGGAGGCAAAGGUAUCAAAUGCUGCUGCUGCCGAUGCUGUGAAUGUAUCAAUUUUGGAUACCUUACCAGUCAACACGGUCUAAUCAAAUUAGCUGAAGCUAUGCUGGGUGGUUUAUGCCAAAGCUUGUUAGUCAAGUACGGUAUGUCUGAAGCCAGUACUAUGGGUUCAGCGUUUCACAGUUUUUUAACUACAGCGUCUGCUUGCCUCCUCACCACUUGCCUUCUCAUCACUUGCUAUGUUUUAUCUUCUAAUUCACAACAAUUGAUACGGCAGUCUAUUUUCGAGUGUCUGUUCAAUGCAGUGGCUUGUUUCCUAUAUCUCUCGGCAUCUUCAUACAUGGGAGUUGCAGUGAAUAUAUAUCUAUACACUCGUUAUACCUCUAUAAGCAUGUAUGCAGCGUACCCGGCGAUGACUGCAGUUUAUUAUGUUGGCGUGGUCGUCGGUAUUCUACAUGGCGUGGAUGCGUACAUCUCCUAUAGAUACCACAAAGGAUAUCGAUGAAUUUUAGUCUCUAUGAAUAGCUAUUUUCAUUCCACUCUUGUAUAUAUAUAAUAUAUAUAAUACGAGUAUGUAUAAAUAAAACUAUAAGAGUAAAAAUUAUAAUUAAAUAUGGAAAACAUGUACACCAUUACUUAUAUGUAUUAGAAUUAAGCAUACAUAUAAGCUUACCUAUAAAAUUGUAAUUUGCUUCAAAUAAAUACCUACUUAUGAUUAAAAUGAAACCUAACCUAACUUAAUAAUAAAAUAUUUAGUUUUACAUAUUAUUAAAAUAAUUAAAUUCCUUAUCUUCUAUGUACAAUAAUUCCGCGCAGAUAAUGUAAUGGCCUUCGGGAAAAUGCGAUUUUUAACGGCUGUAUAAUGUUUUUGUAUGCAAAGUUGUGUUACGCCGUGCCAGGUACGAGGUGCGCUGGCGCGGCGGGUCUGUUGACCGAUAACAGUCACCAUCCGAACGAAAACACUAUACCAUU